UUUUUUAAAUUUACAAUCUGAUGUGCAUGUUUCAUGUGUUUCAUUUGCUUUUAUUCGCAUAUACGCGUCUUUCCUCUAUUGCCGCUUAGACUGAGAGAAAGUCCAUCAUCCUCAUCAUCAGCAGCAUCAACAACAACAACAACAACAACAACAAAAACAGUAAAACAACAACAACAAAACGGACUCCGCACAUGAUGGACGAGGAGAAGAUGACGAAAAGCGAGGAGGCUCACCUGAGUUUGCAGAAAGCCCUGCAGCAGUGUGAGCUGGUGCAGAACAUGAUCGACAUCAGCAUCUCCAGCCUGGAGGGGCUCAGGACCAAAUGUGCCACAUCCAACGACCUGACGCAAAAAGAAAUCCGCACGCUCGAGGGUAAGCUGGUGAAGUACUUUAGCCGGCAGCUCUCCUACAAACAUAAAGUGCCCUUACAGGAGCGGAAUGUGGAGCUGGACGGCUUUCCUCGUCUCACACACUGGCUCCGCAUCGUCAACAUGAGGAAGGAGGUCACAGAGGAGAUCUCUCCAGGUGAGCUGACUCUUGAGUCGCUCUUAGACAUGCCGGAUGAAGAGGUGUGUGAGACGCUGCAGAAGUUUGGAGCAAGUGAGGACGAGUGUGCUCGCUUGAACGCCUCCCUCACCUGCCUUCGCUCCGCCCACAAAUCAGAACAACUCGAGGACGACAAAUUGCACAGUAAUGGAGGACUUGGCAGCACUCAGCCUAAGCAGGACUGGUCCAUCCAGUGGCCAACGUCUGAGUCGGGGAAAGAGAACACACCAGCCGGUACCCCCGAACUCGGGCAGUGGGUGCGACUGCAGCUCUCGCAGAGCCCAAAGCCACAGUCGCGCUACACCCACACUCUGUGCCACAGCCCUCAGGCCCUGGCUCCUCCGACCUUCUACCCGCAAGCCGAGCGGCUGUGUGUGGACAUCUACCCGGGACUGACAACGCUGGGCAUGCUGGAUGUAGGGCACCGCUCUCUACCCCCAUCUCCCAGGCAGAGGCACUUUCCUCACACUCCCCCGCGCACUCCACUGGUGAUGAACACCAUGACGCCACCAGGCACACCACCACUACGCCGCCGAAACAAGGUGAAGGCACCGGGCACGCCACCACCCGCCAACCGCAAACUCAUCCACCUGCUGCCUGGCUUCAGCGCCCUGCACCGCAGCAAAUCACACGAGUUUCAGCUGGGGAACCGCGUCGACGACGCACACACACCCAGAGCCAAGAAGAAGGCCAAGCCUCUGAACCUGAAGAUCCACAGCAGCGUAGCAGGGAGUUGUGAGAACCUGCCGACUCAGCGAUCUCCUCUCCACUCGGACCACUCGCUCCGCUCGUUUUUCUUCCCAAGCCUUGUGCCCUCUACGCCACCCGUGCAUGCAGAGACGCCCUCCGCCAACACCCUGUCAGUUCCUCGCUGGUCCCCUCAGAUCCCUCGCAGAGACUUGGGGAACUCUAUUAAACACAGAUUCUCCACCAAAUACUGGAUGUCACAGACUUGUAUCGUUUGUGGGAAAGGAAUGCUGUUCGGCUUGAAGUGCAAAACCUGCAAGUUGAAGUGCCACAAUAAAUGUACCAAAGAAGCACCUCCUUGCCAUUUGCUUAUUUACCAUCGAGGAGGUAGGGACUCGUUCAAAGAUCAAGGAACAUCUCAAGCGCGUCAGCUCGUCAGGACCGAGUCGGUGCCGUGUGACAUAAACAACCCCCUCAGGUACACAGACCUGCACAUCAGCCAGACGCUGCCCAAAACCAACAAAAUCAACAAGGACCACAUCCCUGUGCCGUACCAGCCUGACUCCAGCAGUAACCCCUCGUCCACCACCUCCUCGACCCCAUCAUCCCCAGCUCCGCCUCUUCCUCCCAGUGCGACUCCUCCCUCUCCACUUCACCCAUCCCCUCAGAGCGCUAGACAGACCAAACAGCCCAACCUAACAGCAUCUCAUUACUACAAAUACAAGCAGCAGUUCAUCUUCCCGGAUGUGACCCCAGAGGUUCCUAACAGAGCUCCUCAGGUUAUCCUCCAUCCUGUGCUGUCAGAGCCUGGUAACAAAGGCAACCCCCUGCUGCAGAUCGAGGUUGAACCUACUUCAGAUAACGAAGAUGGGAACCAUGAAGCAGAGGACUCAGCCGACGAGUUUGAGGAGAUGAACCUGUCAUUGCUGUCGGCGCGUAACUUCCCGCGCAAGGCGAGCCAGACCAGCAUCUUCCUGCAGGAAUGGGAUAUCCCGCUGGAACAGCUGGAGAUUGGCGAACUGAUCGGGAAGGGCCGCUUCGGGCAGGUCUACCACGGCCGCUGGCAUGGCGAGGUGGCCAUCCGCCUCAUCGACAUCGAGAGAGACAACGAGGAUCAGCUCAAGGCCUUCAAGCGGGAGGUGAUGGCGUACAGGAACACACGUCACGAGAACGUGGUGCUCUUCAUGGGUGCGUGUAUGAGCCCACCGCACCUGGCCAUCAUCACCAGUCUGUGUAAAGGGAGGACUCUGUAUGCCGUUAUACGAGACGCGAAAGUCAUCCUGGAUGUCAACAAGACCAGACAAAUCGCACAGGAGAUGGUUAAGGGCAUGGGCUAUCUGCAUGCCAAAGGCAUUCUUCACAAGGACAUGAAGUCGAAGAACGUCUUCUAUGACAACGGGAAAGUGGUCAUCACAGAUUUUGGACUCUUCACCAUAUCUGGUGUAUUACAAGCAGGCAGUAGGAGAGAGGAUAAGCUGCGGAUCCCGAGCGGCUGGCUCUGCCAUCUUGCACCCGAGAUCGUCUGCCAGCUCUCUCCGGAGACAGCCGAAGAUCAGCUGCCCUUUUCCAAACAGUCGGACGUCUUUGCCUUCGGGACGAUCUGGUACGAGCUACAUGCACGGGAGUGGCCGUUUAAGAACCAACCGGCCGAGGUGAUCAUAUGGCAAGUGGGCAGCGGCAUGAGACCCAACCUCACUCAGAUCGGCAUGGGCAAAGAGAUAUCGGACAUCCUGCUGUUCUGCUGGGCUCACAAGUCCGACGAGAGACCCAGCUUCUCCAAACUGAUGGAGCUGCUAGAGAAACUGCCCAAGCGCAACCGCCGCCUCUCGCACCCCGGCCACUUCUGGAAAUCAGCUGAGUAUGUAAAAUGAGCCAGGUUCUAAAAAAAAACAAAAAAAACAACAACCCCCCCCCCCCCCCCCCCCCCACCCCCACCCCAAAAAAAAAAAAAAAAAAAAAGUCCUGGAGAUUGAGCUUAUUGGCGUUAGACGUACGGCAUUGUGGGAAAACUGUGCACUGGGGGAAACGGCUGGAUUGUUCGUGUAGUCAAGUCUGCAUCAUGUUCUUCUGUUUAUCGUUUGAUCAUGUAUGGACGACGGAAGAUUUCUUUAUUAUUUAUUAUUUCGUUCUGUGUUCUUUUUUUCCCCCCUUAAACCUGUUAAAUCUGUUUGUGUUCUGAACUUUUGAAUUUCUUCACGAUUAAUUUGUUGAUGUUUUCUUUUUUGAUGAACUUCUGUUCAGUCACAUGCCAUGUCAGUGCGUUUGAUGAUGCAUUUUUAUGAACAAAUGCAAAAUUGUUUUUUUUUUCCCCCCCUCUGUGAGUCGUGCGUCUGUAAUUCUUAUUUUCUUAAGGACGUGCGGUUAUGGAGUGAAUGUAUUUAUUUUCAGAUUUGUGAAUUGAACUAGUGUUUAUUUAUUUGCUUUCAGUCCAAUCAUUGGCAUCCAUUUUGUGUGUUAUGUUUGUGUGUGUGUGUGUGUGUGUAUGCAUGUUUUUAUAACUUGGUGACCAAAUGUCCCCACAAGGACAAGAGUAUUGAAAGUGCGACCUUGUCAGAAUAUUUGCUCGAUCACCACGCAGCUUUUAUUUAAAACAAACAAACAAAAAAAUCUACAAGAGCCAAAAUGUUUCCUUUAGGUUCCUGAGGUUAAGACUAGGUUUAGAUUUAGAUAGCGUUCAUUACCCGCAUUAAUAAUUAAAGCGCCCCUAUUAUGGUUUUGAAACGUGCCUGAUUUUGUUUUAAAGGUCACAUGCAAUAGAUUUACAUGCAUCCGAGGUCAAAAAACACUUUAACGUGCCGCAUUACCUUCCCCCCACAAAGUGUCACAAACGACUCGUUAAAUGAUUCGUUCUUAAGGAUUCGUUCUAAACUCCUUUCAGAGAGCAUACUCUUCUCUGAUUGUCUGUUGUGAUUGGUCUACCACUGUCAGCAUGUUUCAAAAAGUAAACCCUAGGUAGGUUAGUACAGGAAGUGUGUCUGGAAUCACUAACGACUCGUUUCAGCUGUUCAGAAUCGUUUCCUUCUUUUGCGAGUCGAUAACUCCGUUUGUCGUGCGCUUUGAUUUUUGAAACUUUGCAGACUUUUUACAUUCACAAACAGCUACCUAUAUAACACACUACAUGAACGGUACUGUUUGAAAACCCAUAAUAGGUGCACUUUAAUUCAGUGGAUGGAUGGUCCUCACAAGGAUAGUAUGACAAAUGUGUGUGUGUAUGGUGUGUGUGUGUGUGUGUGUGUGUGUUGGCAUUCAUGUGGCCGUUUCAAGUCACAAAGCUUUACUACUCUUUAUGGGCGCACAAGUAUCCUUAUCUUUAAAAAUAACUCGAUAAAUAAAUGAACUAGAAAGGAAACCGAAAGUAAUUUUAAAAAAAAAAGAAAAAGAAAAAAAAAGAAAAAGAAAAAAGAAAUAAAAUGGCAUGCUUUGAAAACAUUCUGCCGGUUUUAUGAUUGUACACGCCGAUUAUAGGCGCUUGAACUGUAUUAUAUUUAAGUGUGAUGACGUGUAGACCUUGUUGGGGUUAAGCGCUGUUUCUGAGCCUGUAAGGAUAAGGACGAGAGCUGCGGUGAACGUAUUUCAAAAACACAGCGUUGUACAAUACGAGAUUUUUCCACCGCCAUGUGUAAAUUACGAAACGCCAACGACGGUUGCAUGCAAAGUUGUCGAUAGUGGAAAAUGCGGCGGUUCCGGCAUUCCAUAUUCUGCUCUUAAUGUAUGACUAUGAAGGUGACAUUAAGCUGCGAAUGGCUUCAAAAGAUCUGCUAACCUGUUCUAGCCAUCUGUACACUCUGGGUGUAGACAAUCCGUACUAUUCACGUACUAUUCCAUAACAACCAGGUCUCCAACUGCUUCUAGAUCUCUCGCUGCUGUUUUUGAAGUCUAUUUUCAGAUCACUGAGAUUGAAUUUUUUUUUUUUUUUUUUUUUUUUUUUUUUUUUUUUUGUGGGUCAUUUAUAUUUGUACAGCUUAAACGUUUUAAAUGCAUGGAAGAGGGACCCAUAAGGGACCACUUUAACAAACAAAAAAAAAGAAAAAAGAAAAAAAGAAGCUCACAUGUAAUGAACAGUGGUUAAGUAGAAUAUUCUCAUACAUACUCUUAAUAUUUUGAUUCAUCCAGGUUAACAUCAUUAGACUGCUUUAAAAAAAAAAAAAAAAAAAAAGUAAGAUAGAUGUUUAAAACACUACUUGUGAUAUUAUGUAGUCCAUUCUAUAAGUCCUUAUCAUGCCAGGUUGGAGUACGGGAGCCAGGAGGAAGUGUGGAGUAAACAGGAAGUGGUUGUUAACGAUCGUUCCAAGCCUGUUCACCGUGACAUGGACCUCGGUUAGAAUUCGUAGCUGUAAAUGAAUUUACGACAAACGUAUGAAUCGCGUCGUCUUGCUUUCUUUCUUUCUUUCUUUCUCUUUCUUUCUUUCUCACCUUACAUGACCUUUAAGACUUUAAUUAUGAAUUCAUGUUUGAGUUUAUUAUAUAAUUAUUAUUAUUAUUAUUAUUUUUUUUUUUUUCGGUUUUGUUUUGCUUUGGAAUUGUGUGUGAAUAUUUGGUUUGACUUUUUUCCAUGAUUGAGUUCCUGUACUGUAGGUUGUAGGUGUGUAAAUGCUUGUAAUUACAGAUGCCUUAUGAUGCACAGCUUAGUGACUGCUUUAUUCAUCACAAGCUCCUUCUUUUCACUCAUCCUUUAUGGGAAAAAAAAUACGACAAUAAAAGAUUUUCAUUUUGGAAUUUU